AUGGCAUUUCGCGGAACAGAAAGUUUUAUGGACUUUGAAUGGCAGGGCCACGGCCCCCUUGAUCCUACCUCUCCCUACCAUAAACGUGUAGUCGAGAUGCAAGCUAAAAAGCGAACCCAUAGCGAAUUUGAAUCUCCCCAGAAAGCUACGAUGCCAGCGCUGCGCGAACCCAAUAAUCAGCCCUUCUUCUUCUCAGAAACCCCGGCUCCGCUGCCUGAAUCCUCUCCCUUUCGGACGCCCUCGUUUACAACCCCUCGGAAACCGUUCGAUAUCGAUUUCUCAUCCCCUCCUGAAAAUUCCUCGCCGCUGGCACCAACAGACAACGAGGAAACACCAGACGCCACUCCGCUGCCCAUUGAGUUCAAAAGCCAUCCCGCAAAAGCAGAGAACAAGAGAAACUCGUUGUUUGGCCUCUAUGGCAGAUUCGCUCCAAGCCCGGGAAGAGGAGAGAUCAGAAAGCCCACGAGCGAUGCCGUUGCGAGGCGGAUUCACAAGAAGCGACGGCGCGCUCAGCAAUUUGACAGACAACUGAUGGUAGGGAGAAAGGGUUCUUUAGACGAUAGUGACGACGAGAGUACCCAAAGUCCGACUGAGCCGGAGCUCAAGAAACCGCCGGUGCAAGAAACAGGAUGGAUUACUGGUCUGUUCACCUUUAUCCACACAUAUCCUGACGCACCUUCUAUUAUUGCCAAAUACCUCCAGGUUUUCUUCAAUGCCGCAAUCCUCGGUGGCUGCCUGUAUAUGUUUUGGUCAUUCUACGCCACCAUCCAGGCAGAUGUGGACCGAGCAAGCGAGGAUGCGAUGGCCGAAGUGUUGGCGGAGAUGGCGGCGUGCUCGAAGAACUUCAUCGAAAAUCGAUGUGCCGCCGACACCAGGCUGCCAGCUUUGGAAGCUGUAUGCAGCAAUUGGGAGUUGUGCAUGAAGCGGGAUCCUAGUGCUGUGAAGCGGGCGAGGUUGAGUGCACAUACGUUUGCCGAAAUCUUCAACAGCUUCGUCGAGCCCAUCAGCCUAAAAACCAUGAUUUUCACUAUUACACUGGUUGUGGUGGGCUUGGUGGUCAACAAUGCGACAUUUACCCUGUAUCGACGGCAACAAGAGAGCCAGCAUGUCUAUCGGGCACCUUCUGGAUCAUAUGUGCAUCCUCAUCAACAUCCUGUACAGAUGGGUCAAUUCCCACUGUCUCCGGUCGCAUCUUACGGACAACACCCUUAUGUCGGCUGGCACGGUGAUCCUAGCUUUGCUGGCCAGCCGCAGUUAGAAUAUCCUCGAAGUCCCAGCAAAGAGCAUCGAGCGCGAAGCAGAAGUCCAGAGAAGAAGAGGAUUCAACUCUGA